AUGAGGCCAAUAAUCACUGACCUCAUGAAUUUUGAUAAAGAAAUAGAUAUUUCAAAGCGUAUUGAAGAUGCACUCGUUUACACACACGGAAAUACACUCGUUAUUACAAGUAUUCAAAAUGCUAAUCGCGCUAUGAGUGGUCUUCAACACUUCAAAUACAGCCACUCCUCCAAAAUAAAGAAUUUCUGCGGCAUAUGCCUUGAUGGCACAAUCCAAAAUGAGGCUCUUCCAGAAAAAGAUGAGCUUCAAGCUGGUAUCCAUCCAGAGACAUGCAUUUUAUUCCAAGAUGCAUCAGGAAAAUUUGGUGUUUAUGACAAUGGACACCUUUUCUGCUGCUCUGUUUUCAGUUACCCUAACAUGAGCGAUGUUGUUGCUUUUGCUGGCUCAAUUUCUACACCAAACAAAUUUGCUGUCCUUCAUAAGUCAGCAUUACACAUUUGCAAACUCAAAUUGAAUGCUUACGAAGAAAUUGGAAGUUAUCCUGUCGCAGCAUCAAAUAUUAUCGCUUUUGAAAAUGGAUAUUUACUUCAGAAGAGCGACACGCUCGUCUACUUCGAAAACGGACAAUUCAAGGACUACUUUAAGUCAACUUCGACUGUCUGCCCACAAAUUACAGAUUUCAAAGUUGACAAUGGUCGUGUUGUCGUUGUUUCCGUAUCAGGCGAGAAGUGCAUCAUGUCUAUUAUUGGAUCCAAACCUAUUGGCCUUCUCAAAUGGCGUCAUGGAUUUUGGGAUUUCCAUGAUGAUUGGAUUGUUGCACAUUUAAAGGGCGAUCUUCUUGCAAUUAUUAGCGCUGAUAAUCCAGAUGUUAGACAAGUCGUAAAUCUCGGCGAGUUUGGAGAUAAGACAACUAAUAUUGUUUCUGGUGCUGAUCGCUAUGGCGAGAAGUAUACAAUUACACUCAUGAAGCGAUCUGGCAUCGCAUUCAUGAAUGUUCCAUAUGCUAUUUUGACUGGCCAAGCUGCUGUCGAAGGUGGACCGGAAAAUGCUAAGGUUGCAAACUUCCGUUCUGGUGGAACAAAGGUUAAAGUUCCAAGAUAA